AUGGCUAACCGAGUGGAGCAGGAAAUGCCGCCAUCGAAGCGUCAGAGAACAGGACUAGCUCCUAAUGAGGUCCAGGCUCGAGAUAAUCUAAGGACCAAAUGCCUCACUUGCAUAACACACUGGUACUUGCUAACGGAAAGAAGGUUCGUAGUAGAAGAAGGAGACCUUUUCCUUCAGGAACAGGUGAUUAGUGCAAUGAAUAACUGCUUCAAGUUUUGGAGACAGGCCCUUAAUAACUCUGGCAACGCAGCAACUCGAGCAACGUAUUUGGAUACUGAAGUAUCAAUCAACAAUCACACUGCGAAACUCGAGGUUUUUAUGACUGACCUUGAGAGAUGUUUGGCCUGCUACGAGCUCCCUGCAACUAAGGGCGCAGAAUGGAUAGGGAUUGUGCCCCCCUGUUUAACUCUUUUCUCACUACAUAAAUACAGGAUGGAGGAGUUAAGAAUGGGGCAUAGCAGAGUGCCUGAGGGGAAAAACAUCCAAACUGACAUCUCUAGAUUCGGACUUACAUCAGCUCAUGGGGUCUUGCUAGAGGGGAUAAGGUGGCCUCCAUCAAUUAGAUCGUCUUGUGCUGGAAGCAUAGGCCCUCUAACCCAGAUGAUUUGCCUUAGGAAGAGUAGAUCAGGCAACACAGGAUUGAACAUUGACUUUACAAAGAAGUGGCAAGCAGCGCUGUCCGAUUCUCUAAGGCAUCUCCCUCAAUGCGAUGAAAUAAUAAAGUUGAUCCCAACAUGCACUGAACCGGAGUUUGGAACCUUGAUGAGGGCAGUGGGGGAUGUUCUCCUCUUCACAGGAGGAAGACAGCAACAAAAAGUGGCUCUCCCCAUCGAGGCUAUUAUUAAGAGGACUGAGACUCUGAAGAAUCUAAUGACUACUCAGUGUACAGCUCAAGGGCCCAUUACAGCCAUAGACCCACCAGAAUUGGGGAUUUCUGCAAGAAAGCAACCCUUGCAUACAAUAAUAUGA